CAUAGAUUUAUUCUCAAGUUUCAGACAGGAAAACCAAUGCGAAACUAUUUGUCACUACUCAUAUUCCUCUCUAUCAUUCUCUCUGUGUUCUCCGAAACCUUUCAUUUCUUCCUAGCUAGCUAACCAUGUCGAGGAUACAUCCGGCCGCGUCGUUCAAAGAAAGGGUUCAUUAUCAGGUGGAAGAUGUUCAUGUGCCUCCGUCUGUGCUCACUGUGUGGAAGAGAUCUAGCAUGAGUUUCCAGGGAACUGAUGGAUUUACAGUGUUUGACGAUCGCGGAAUUCUAACUUUUCGAGUAGACAAUUAUUCAAGGAAGAACUGUUGCGUUAGAGGAGGGCUUAUCCUCAUGGAUGGAGCUGGAAGAGCCUUACUAACCCUCAAACCCCAGAUGUUGAGCUUGCAAGAUCAAUGGAAUGCAUAUAGAGGAGAAGAUGGAUGUGGAAAGAACCCUAAAUCUAGCAGAGUCUUCACCAUGAAAAGUGGAUCAAAUCUUUUUGGCAGCAGAAAUAAAGGCGAAGCAGCAGAGGUGUUCAUGGGAGGGCCCACAAGCUCAAAUAGUGCACCAGAUUUCAUAGUUGAAGGUUGUUUUAGGAGAAGAAACUGCAAAAUCAGAGAUUGCAGUGGAAAACUUGUGGCCACUGUGUCUAGAAAACGAGUAAAUAAUUCAGUCUUGCUUGAAAACGACGUGUUCAGCUUGGAGGUGCAACCUGGAUUUGAUCUUGAAUUAAUUAUGGGUUUUGUAAUUGUUUUGGAUCGGAUUUGUGGGAAGACAUUUACGCCGAUUUUGUGUUCUUGAUUUACCUUGUGAUGUACAGAAAUAAUCCCAUAUAAAACUGGAUACUUUUUUACCCCACUGAA